AUGCAGGCUUGCGGAAGGUACGUGCUGCUCCUUAUUUUUGUUUGUUUCAUUCGUAACAUAUCGACUUCAGUGACUCAUUAUUCAAUACCCGAGGAAAUGAAAGAAGGUUCAGUUGUAGCUAACCUUGCUACCGAUCUCAGCCUGGAUGUAAAGACACUGAGUCAGAGGAAGAUGCGUCUUGACAUUAUCGCAAAUAAGAAAUAUCUGGAUGUGAACAAAGAGACUGGAGAACUGUAUAUUGUUGAGAAGAUUGACAGGGAAAAUAUUUGCCCUACAAAGUCAUCAGCGUCUUGUUAUCUCAAACUGGAAGUAAUACUAGAAAACCCUGUUCGAAUUUUUAAUAUAGAGGUAGAAAUUUUGGAUAUGAACGACAACGCCCCUCAAUUUCGGAGAGACGUCAUACAUUUAGAUAUAUCUGAAGCAACGCCGAAAGGUGAGAGAUUCUCUCUCAGCAAUGCAGUCGAUCCUGACGUUGGAAGCAAUUCAGUAAAAACAUACCAUCUGAGUGAAAGUGAACAUUUUAAUAUUGAAGUUCAGACAGGAAGAGAUGGGUCGAAAUUUGCCGAAUUAAUCUUAACAAAGACUUUAGAUCGAGAGCAGCAGGCUGUGCAUAAUUUAAUUCUCACAGCUGUAGAUGGAGGCACACCUGCACGUUCUGGCACUGCAAGUGUUAUUGUUCGUGUUUUAGACACUAAUGACAACACACCUACAUUUGACCAAAAAAGUUAUAGUAUUAAAAUAAUGGAAAACUCUCCUAUUGGGAGUCUUGUUGUUAAUCUUAAUGCAACAGACCUAGAUGAGGGGUCAAAUUCAGAAAUAACAUACUCCUUCAGUUUAUAUACAUCUGAGAAAACGCAGGAAACAUUUAAUCUGAAUCCUUCCACUGGUGAAAUUACUGUCAAAGGAAUGUUAAAUUAUGAGGAGUUCAGGAUUUAUGAUAUGGAAGUCAUUGCAACAGAUAAAGGAGUCAAUAGUUUAUCAGGACAAUGCACUGUCAAAAUUGUUGUUGAAGACAUGAAUGAUAACCACCCAGAAAUAUCUAUUAAAUCAUUUCAGAGUCCAGUCAAUGAAAACAUAGAAAUGGACACAGUGAUAGCAGUGGUGAGUGUCAGUGAUAAAGACUCAGGUGACAAUGGAGUAGUUGAUCUUCAUAUUCCAGAUAACAUGCCUUUCAAACUGAGGGAGUCCUCUGGUAACUAUUAUGAAUUAGUGGUGUCAGAGCCAUUAGACCGAGAGAAGGUCCCUGAAUAUGACAUCACUUUCACUGUGACAGACAGGGGCUCUCCUCCUUUAUCUGACAAUGAAACUAUGACGUUAGAGGUGCUGGAUGUUAAUGACAAUGUGCCACAGUUCCCUCAUUCAUUUUAUACUAUACGUGUAGAGGAGAAUAACGCUCCUGGAGCCCUGCUCAGUUCCCUCACUGCGUUUGACCCUGACCUCCAUGAAAACCAGUACCUAGUUUAUUUCAUCCUAGAGAGGGAGAUAGCCAACACCUCUAUGUCCAUGCUGUUCUCCAUCAACCCAGAGAAUGGGAAUCUUUACGCACUAAAAACGUUUGACUAUGAGAUCGAGAAGGAGUUUCUCUUCCACAUCGAGGCCAGAGACUCUGGCUCUCCUCCUCUCAGCAGUAACGUGACGGUGCACAUCAUCAUUGUGGACCAGAACGACAACGCUCCGGUUAUUGUCUCUCCGUGGCGUGCACAGGGCUCGGUGGUGGAGGAAAAGAUCCCCAGAUCCACAGAUAAAGGCUCUCUGGUUUCGAAAGUGAUAGCCUUAGACACAGACUCGGUGCACAACUCCCGGAUCACCUACCAGUUUCUGCAGGUGACUGACGCCACCUUGUUCAGUCUGGACCAAUACAAUGGAGAGAUCCGGACCAUGAGGAUGUUCAGCUACAGAGACCCGCGCCACCAGAGACUGGUUGUUGUUGCCAAGGACAACGGGGAGCCUGCCCUCUCUGCUACAGUCACUAUCAAGCUGUCCACAGUGGAGACUGCUGUGAAGGCCUACUCUGACAUGACCGAGGUGCCUCUAGAAUAUGACAUCUUCUCAGACCUCAACCUGUACCUGGUCAUCGGUCUGGGCUCUGUGUCAUUUCUCCUGCUGAUCACCAUAUUGGUCACCAUCGUAAUCAAGUGUCAGAAGCCUAAACCCAGCAAAGCGGCUCCUCCCUGCAGGAACAGUGUGAUCAGUGAGAGGAACUCCACCAUCGCAGACUCCACUCUGGUUUCCAACGAUGCCUACUGGUACAGUCUGUUUCUAGCAGAGACCAGGAAAGGAAAGAUGGUGGUCAGACAGCCUGUGCCAAAGGGCUCCAGAUACAUCGUGUCCAGUUUACCACGAGGAACAGGACUCACAGACACUAGUGGCUCAGCAGCCUCCACUCUGCAGUACCCUAAAUGAGGAAAGUCCACUCAGCAGCUGGAGGCAUCCACCAGCAGCAGCAGGAGCUCCACAUAAGGCCACAUCCUCAGCUGUGUAUUGGAUAAUCGCUGACACGAAAGAUUCAUAUAGGAAAGGAGAAACCCCUGCCUGUUAUGACCCCCACGUCCAUCCUGCCCAGUCUGAUCCUUGUUCCUCACAACAUGUAGUUUUCAUGCGAUAACACCAAAUGGACUAUGGUGACUAAUUAAGGAAACAGACCUCCCCCUCUCUUUCUUCAAGCACAUGAAAAGCCGAUCAACAUUGCCUCUCUGUCCAUUCAAUACGCAUGAUUAGACUGCAUGGCUUCAACCACACUCUUGAGUCCUUCAUACAAACAAUUUUCAUUUGGAAACACUUGCAAUGAAGUAGACUGUAGGAAAUAUUACAACUGUGGAUAUCUAAAGAAGCCUCAACAAGGACUGAGUGGACAUAGGAAUGUUGAAAUGCCUUUAAGAGACUGUUUCCACUCUCUAAAAUGAAACACAUGUUGGAUAUUACAAUAUUAACCUCUGUGCUUUGUCUUGAUCCUUAACAGCAUUGAUGUAUUAUACAAGUUAACUAAAAAGUGAAACAGCACAAUUAAAUAUCAAAAGAUAGAUUUUAAAGUAUGAAAAGAAAGUGGAUCAGUAUUUUAUAGAUGUGGUAGCUUUCAUCAGUUUUAUGUUUUGUACAUGACUUUAUGCUGUAUAUUUGAGCUAAGCCUGAAUAUAUGAAUGAUAUUGCUGAGAGAAAGUUAACCAGUACUACACAGAUGAAAGUGAGUCCUUUAGGUAUUACGUAUCUAUCUUUCAGUUGUUUUUGCAUGGGAUGAUCAAAGUAUGUGUUAUAUGAUAUUGACCAAUGCAUUUCUUUUGUAAGGCCGAACAGUUUAGUAUUUUUCAAAACAAAAUUGAAGAUUACAUUUGAACAAGAAGACAAUGAAGAAGUUAAACAGUAUAAUAAUUGGAUGUAUUCCGAUAAUUAUGUGUACUCUCAGCUUAAACUUAAAUAUACAUGGUGCUUGAAUGUUGUGUUCACUUGGACUUUAAGUGCAAAAUAAGAGCCUAGAGGAUUGUAAAGACACUGAAUCUUCAAGAAUGGUUUGAAUAUCUUCUAUAACUACUGUAAAUACAUCACAAACAUGACCAUGUACUUUCACUUUUUUAUUUUUAAAGCCAAACUGUGUGGAUGUUCCUGAAUUUCAACCUUUUGAGAUUGUGUAUCAAGUUAAAAAAAACUCACUAAAUGACUCAAUGUUUACUUUACAAUGCUGAAAUACUGAAUACUGGUCGUUCCCAAUGAAAGCUGUGCUAAUGUGUAUUACUACCACUACUUUCUCUAUUUAGAUAUAUCCUAAGCCUGUAUCUAUACAAAUGUCAUUCUUUUCAAUUACCAAUGCUGAACUUUUGUUAAGAAAAACAGUGGACAUCCUGUGCCAUCAGAUUUAAGUGUGUGCAAAUCAUUCACAUGAUCAGCUUUUACAUAGUCCAACGGUUUAGCACAUCCCAAAUUGCAUUAUAUAACGAUGUUCUGUUAAAACAGGCAAACAUAUACAAUAAGUGCUUUUGUACUGUGGACUGUUAUGGUGCAUUAUGUAGUAACGUGUGUGAUGUGAGCUUAUUGUAUGCUAUGGUCUGUAUGAUCUAUUAAAUACUACAACAAUCAUAA